AUGGAAGAGGAAAUACAGCGUGAACCCUUCCCGUUUGACGAGAACGUUGUCUUUCGCGAGUCAUCAUUCUUCAAGAAGCCGAACGCACCACUGUCUCUUCCAACGCCGGCAGAAGUGAGAGAAGUAGCGCGUCACUCCGGCCACCCCAGAGCUGAGAUCGUAACUCGGCCUCCGCCUGUAACUUUUCCUAGUCUAGGGCUAUUAGUGAAAUACGGGACGGAUGUAGCAGUUGCUGAGGGGCAAUGCCUCCUAUUUAUCGGCAACACUCAAGUCGUACCUGUUCCGGAAGUGUAUGGGUGGUGCAAGGACGACGAUCAAGUGUUCAUUUAUAUGGAGCUGGUGGACGGCAUAACAUUAGGAAAGAGCUGGGACACUAUGACCGAAGGAGAAAAGACGUCAAUUUGUGAACAAUUGCAUGACAUGGUCGAUGCAUUGCGCGGUGUUGAGCAGAACUCGUGGCCACCAUAUAUUGGUCAUGUUGGCAAGCAACCGCUAUUAGACAUCAUUUUUACGCAUAGCAACUCUCCAACUGCAGGGCCGUUCGAGAACGUGUCUAUCUUCCACGACUGGUACACCUCAGCAUAUGGUCCACACCGGGAUGUCCAAGAUGCAUCCCCACAUCCAUAUCGCUCCUUUCUUCCUGACAAUAUUCCUAUCGUGUUUACGCACGCUGAUCUACACCCAAGUAACAUCAUUCUAUCCUCUGGUCUCAACCCUCAUGUCAUUGCAAUCAUUGAUUGGCAUCAAUCUGGAUGGUAUCCGGAUUAUUGGGAGUAUUGCAAAGCUCGGUGGACCUCGCGGAUCGGUCAAGAAUGGGAAUCAAAAUAUCUGCCUCUAAUACUAGACCGUCGAGAAUGCUAUGACUACUGGGACUAUUUCGUUCUAGCCCGUGGGCUCUGA